AUGACUAACCCACCAAGAAGAUUCAAUGACUCAGUUCAUCUAAAGCUAGACGAUCUUUGUGAUACACUAAUACAAUUGAGGAAAAAGCUUCAAGACCUCACAACAGAAGUCGAAAUUUAUGCGACAAUCAAACCCCUUAAUCCGAAAAGUUUGCGAGAAGAAAGAGAAAGGUUAAGCAGGGCAUUCAUGGACGGUUGGAAAGCUGUAGAAAGAAAUCAUCCAACACCGUAUACCACUUUACAAAGACGCAAAACCAGUAAAGUAGAAGCUUCGAAGAAUGAAGGCGGACAUCAUGGACAAGAUCCAAGAGGAAGUUCAGAAACAGCUCGACGCAGGAUUCCUCGAAGUGGUAGAUUACCCAGAAUGGAUCGUCAAUGUAGUCCUAGUCGCGAAGAAAGUGGAAAGAUCCGAGUGUGUGUAGACUAUCGGGAUCUCAACAAAGAAAGCCCUAAAGAUAGCUUCCCACUACCACACAUCGACGUGCUAGUGGAUCAUGCAACAGACCAUCAACUCCUAUCAUUCAUGGACGGAUUCUCAGGCUACAACCAAGUACUGAUGGCUCCAGAAGACAAGGGGAAGACAAUGUUCAUCACAGAAGUCAGAACAUUUUUUAUCGAGUCAUGCCUGUUGGGAUGA